UUUCUUCAAACCAUUCAUCUUGAAAUAAAACAAGACGUCAGACAGCAUGACUAUUGCAACAUCAUAUUGUUUUAUUGUCUCUGAGCCAGGUGUCACGCCGGCUGAGAGAGAAUAAGAGGAACUUAACGGUUUAAGCGAUUUUAGUUGGUUGGUAAGAUAAUGGAUGGAUGGAUUUUUAAACGCGGACGGAUAUAAAGUCUUUGGCCAAUGACACGUAGGAGUCUUACUCAUCAGUCUUGGCACAGCCCUGGUUUCAAGGAUGUGAGAGUCAUUAUAAUAACCCUCCUUCCACCACAGCUCAGCGAGGAAACUCUCUGAAGAAGCACAAAGGGACUUGAAGACUAAAAACACUGUAAGUUCAAUGUCUGACAUGAGCUUGUGUUACUGACUGUGCUGUUAGACCAAAGAUGAGUAUUUGUGGGAUGGAGGAGGAGGGCAGAGCGGAGUCUCCAGUAUCCAGCUGUCUGUCUCUGAAGAGUGACCAGUCCAGAGAGAUUCCUCUUGCCUUCAGCAAUGAACCCGGACAAUUCAACACAAAAACAAAGAUGAGUGUUUGUGAGAUGGAUGAGGAGGGCAGAGCGGAGUCUCCAGUUUCCAGCUGUCUGUCUCUGAAGAGUGACCAGUCCAGAGAGAUUCCUCUUGCCUUCAGCAAUGAACCCGGACCAUUCAACACAAAACCAAAGAUGAGUGUUUGUGGGAAGGACGAGGAGGGCAGAGUGGAGUCUCCAGUAUCCAGCUGUCUGUCUCAAAAGAGUGACCAGUCCAGAGAGAUUCCUCUUGCCUUCAGCAAUGAACUGGGACCAUACAACACAAAACAGAGGAAAAGGACUAGUGGUGCCAUCAAGGACCAGCUGUCAUGCUGUUCUUUAUGCCAGGUGGUCCUGAAAGAUCCAGGGUCUACCAGCUGUGGACACGUCUUCUGCAGGCCAUGCAUUGCCUCAAACUGGGAAGAAUGUAAAUCAGCAGAUUUUUCAUGUCCCCAGUGUGGAAAAAGAUCCAGAAAAAGUCCUGAAUUGCAGACACCCAGUCAAAACAGCACUGAACCAACAGUUACCGGCAGUCUGCAGGAGGUUUUAGACAAUCAUAAGAACAGCCUUAGACGAAGAUGUGAAUUUGCAAUAGAAGGAACUGCUGAAGCAGAACAUCGAACCCGCCUGAAUGGGAUCUACACUGAGCUCUACAUCACUGAAGGACAAUGCGAAGGAGUUAAUGCACAACAUGAAGUGUGGCAGCUUGAGACAAUAUCGAAAAUGGAGACCCUGCAUGACACUCCAAUCAGCUGCUGUGACAUCUUUAAGGUCUUACCUGGCCAAAAGAGAUUCAUCAGAGUAGUGCUAACGAAUGGCAUUGCAGGCAUCGGAAAAACCUUCUCAGUGCAGAAAUUUACUCUUGACUGGGCAGAGGGCCUGGAAAAUCAAGACAUUAGCCUUGUGAUUCUGCUUUCGUUCCGGGAGCUGAACUUGAUCAAAGAGGAGCAGUACAGUUUUCUCAGGUUGCUUCAUGAUUUCAAUCCAACACUACGCACGGUGACGGCCGAAAGGCUUGCUCUCUGUAAAGUUUUGUUAAUCUUUGAUGGCCUGGAUGAAAGCAGACUUUCGUUGGAUUUCCAGAACAAUGAGGUUGUUUCCGACGUCACACAGAGAUCAUCAGUCAACUUAUUGUUGACAAACCUCAUCCAGGGGAAUCUGCUUCCCUCAGCUCUUCUUUGGAUAACUUCAAGACCUGCAGCCGCCAAUCAGAUCCCUCCUUCGUAUGUCGAUAUGUUUACAGAAGUACGAGGAUUCACUGAUACUCAGAAGGAGGAGUACUUCAGGAGGAGAUUCAAUGAUGAGUCCCUGUCCAGCAAAAUCAUCUCACACAUCAAGGCAUCCAGGAGUCUCUACAUUAUGUGUCACAUCCCAGUUUUCUGUUGGAUCACUGCUACAGUUCUGGAGCACAUGCUGACUGUAGACCAAAAAGAGCUUCCCAAGACUCUGACUGAGAUGUACUCACACUUUCUUCUUGUUCAGUACAAGAGGAAGACACAGAAGUAUGAUAAGGGACAUGAUAUAAUCCCACAGGAGCUGAUGCAGGCUGACAGGGAUGUCCUUCUGAAGAUGGGGAGACUUGCAUUUGAACAUCUGGAAAAAGGGAACAUCAUGUUCUACCAAGAGGACUUGGAGCAAUGCGGUCUUGAUGUCAGAGAAGCCUUAGUUUUCUCAGGACUGUGCACAGAGAUCUUCAAAAGAGAGCUUGUACUCUUUCAGAAAAUGAUUUACUGCUUUGUUCAUUUAAGUAUUCAGGAGUUUCUCGCUGCUGUCUUCAUGGUCCAUUGUUACCUGAGCAAGAACAUAGAAGUACUGGCAACUUUCUUAGGAGAAAACUGGGAUGCAAAUCGCAGUGACCAUGGUUUAGAUAACUUCCUCAGUCGAGUUGUGGACAAAUCCCUAAACAGUGAAAAUGGCCACUUGGACCUCUUUGUUCGUUUCCUUCAUGGUCUGUUAUUGGAGUCCAACCAUCGUCUCUUAGGUCGUCUGCUUGGCUGGACAGCAAGCAGUUCAGAAAGCAUCCAAAGAGCAAUAAACAACCUGAAGAAAAUGAAUGCUUAUGACAUCUCACCUGACAGAAGCAUAAACGUCUUCCACUGUUUGAUGGAGAUGAAUGACCACUCAGUGCAUCAGGAGAUCCAAGAGUACCUGCAGUCAGACAACAGAUCGGUGAAGAAACUCACCAAGACCCAGUGCUCAGCUCUUGCCUACAUGCUGCAGAUGUCUGAAGAGGUUCUAGAGGUGUUGGACCUGAAGAAGUACAAUGCAUCGGGUGACGGAAGACGGAGAUUGCUCCCAGCCGUGAGGAACUGCAGAAAUGCUCGACUCUCUGCCUGUGGGCUCUCUGAGGGGCAUUGUGGAGUUCUUUCCUCAGCUCUGAUGUCCAACCCCUCCCAUCUGCUGGAGCUGGACCUGAGUGAAAAUGACUAUCUGCUGGACUCGGGCGUGAAGCUGCUCUCUGUUGGACUGGAGAGUCCAAACUGCAGACUGCAGAUACUAAGAUUGAAGAGCUGCAGUUUGUCAGAAAGUUGUUGUGAUUCUCUGGCCUCAGCGCUGAAGUGCACCUCUUCCCAUCUGAGAGAGCUGGACCUAUGUAACAACAACUAUCUGAAGGAUUCAGGGGUGAAGCUGCUGUCAACUGGACUGAAGAGCCCAAACUGUAGACUGGAGACUCUGAGAUUAAGUUGCUGCAGGUUGUCAGAGAGCUGCUGUGCACACCUGGCCUCAGCGAUGAAGUCCAACCCCUCCCAUAUGAGAGAGCUAGACCUGAGUAAAAACAAACUGAAGGAUGUAGGAGUAAAUCUGCUAUCUGCUGCACUAGAGAGUCCCCAAUGUAGACUGAAGUACCUGAGGCUUGAUAGAUGUGGGCUUACGGAGAACUGCUGUACUUCUUUGGCCUCAAUUCUCUCAUCCAACCCCUCCAGCCUGAGAGAGUUGGAACUGAGUAAUAAUGAUCUACAGGAUUCAGGAGUUAAGCUGCUGUGUGUAGGAUUGGAGAGUCCACAUUGUGUACUGGAAGCUUUGAGAUUGAGGGGCUGCUGGUUGUCAGAGAGUUGCUGUGCUUCUCUGGCUUCAGCUUUAAUGUCCAACCCCUCCAGUCUGAGGGAGCUUGACCUAAGUGAAAAUGAUCUACAGGAUUCAGGAGUGAAGCUGCUGUGUGCUGGAUUGGAGAGUCCACAUUGUAGACUAGAGACUCUGAGGUUGAAACGCUGUCGGCUCACAGAUGAAGACUGUGCUUUUCUGGCAUCAGCUUUAAGGUCCAGGCAAUCCUGUCUGCGAGAGCUGGAUCUGAGUCAAAACAGCCUGCAAGAAUCCAGAGUGAAGCUGCUGUCUGACGUCCUGGAGAAUCCACAUUGUAGACUGGAGACUAUCAGAAUGGAAGAAAUGGAGUAAAUCCAGAGUGCAUCCAUCUGACGAACAUGCAUCACUGGCCAUGAGGUGUUGCUAACUCUUGGGCUUCCGUGAUCAACAUAUCACUGUUCUAAAUGUACAGUUGCUUGAAGUUUUGUUAAUUUUAAUUUUAAGAAAACAGAUCAAUUCAGAUUGAGUCAAGUCAGGACAAAAGUGCAAUACUGUUUUUAUAUUUGAAUAAACCUACCAUGCUGUCACA